AUGGCCUCUGCCCCUGCUACGUUCGUUGAGCUGCAGCAGUUGUACAAUUUCGACGAGAAGAUUGUCGACAAGAUAGUCGCCUCAGGGGUGACGUCACUGAGUGAGUUUCGUUUCUUUUGCAAAGACGAAGAGGAUGUAGUCACUACCUUCAUCACGCCCUUGGGGCUCGAGAAUGAACGCCUGGAGGGCGCUCGCCUCAAAAGGGCAUGGGCCGCAGUAGUGACUGCAGAGAAGGCUCGGGAGGCCAGCCAAGUGGAGGGAAUCCCGCUGGAGGAGGAUGAAUGCCUCCCAGCAACCACUUUGGCAACUAUGAAGGAAUCUUUUUGGAAGCGGUAUCACUGGAUGCCUCCUCCCGAGCAACAGCCCAGUGACAAGUUGCUCUCCAAAGUCAAAAGGUCGCUUGAAAAGAAGAACAUUGAAGUGUUGAACAUGUUCCAGGUGAAGUCCUUAGUCAACCAGCGGCAGGGCACCACCAAGCGUCGCAAAGUCGCCCCCAAAAUCUGGGUCGGCGAGGAUCCCGAAGAUGACGAAGUCGCGGUUGAAGAUGUUUGGGCCUACUUGGACAACAUGUUCAUCUACAUGGUCGCGCUCGCGAUGGCAGAGGUGACAGCAAUUCAGCCGGCGCCAACAGCAGCAGAAGGUCCUUCCACCAACUCCUGUGACUAUGUGGAGUUCCCUUUGGAUUUGGCAUGGAAAUACCAUUUCCGGGCCGUGCAGACCGUGAAGAAGAUCCCUGAGAGGGCGCGUUUGCCCCACGUUUCAUCCCUGGACUUGCAGGAGCGAGCGUUGUGGUGCCAGAAGUAUGCCACAGGGACAGAGAAGCUGGGAGCUAUCGUCCCGCAGAUUUACACUGAGAGAGAUGUGCAUUGGGCAGCUGCUACCCUCUUGCCUUCUCAAUCUGGAAGACUUUCCAUGGCUCCGCCUGAGCCAGCGGUGGCCCCGAGAGCUCCUACAGCGGCCGUCUCUGCGCCGUCGGGCAACAAGUUGGCAGCCACCUUUCGAGAUGGAACUCCGCUAUGUGAAGCAUGGAACCAAGGACGCUGCCCCCACCAGAAGGCCAGGAAUUGCGCGAAUGGUGAACAUCGUUGCUCGCAUCGCCUGAAGAGCGGCCGCGCUCUGGAUGAAUUCCAGUUGCAUGUCCGCUCCUUGAUGGAGCAGUGGUCAGAACAGUGUACCACGGAUGACAACGGGCCUGAAUUGCCUGUCUUUUUAGAUAUGCUUAGUGGGCCGAAGUUCCCACUGGCUAAGGCAUUUGAAUGGGCUGGUUGGAAAGUGGUGCAACCGCUAGAUAUCCUGAUCGAUCCUGAAUUUGAUCUCACCAGCAGCACCGUGCAGAAAGCCGUUGCCAAGAUUUUGCCACAAUGCCAUGCAGUCAGUGCCGCCAUGGACUGCAGCACUAAGAGUCGCAUCCGUGAAAUUGCCCUGCCAGGAUCAGCCGGGCCACGGCCACUGCGUUCCCAGAAGUUUCCGAGAGGACUGCCGCACCUGAAAGGCAGAGAUGGAAGCGCCGCUCAAGUUCUUAUGAAGUUUAUUGCUCAUUGGAACGAAUUCCAAUUGGAGCAGUUUCUUCCUGGGCUCACAGGGUGCAGGAUCGCAUGUGACUGCCUCAGUAACGAGACCUGCCAUGUUGACGUGAUCAUUGCCAAGUGGUUGGAGGCAAAUAGCAGGGGACAGCCCCAGCGAUUGGGUCACAGGUCAGUGCAGCUGACCAGUGGACGGGUCUGGAUAGCAGCAGUUAGAGUAGUCCAUGCUGUGCCGCAGAUGUUUUCACAAGCUGCGGCAAUGGCAGCCAUUCGAGGGCAAUUCCCAAUGUUAUCAUUUCAGGAUGUUAAGUGGCCUCUGCUGGAAGACAUCAUUAAUUCAGCGCCUUUCCAGAGUUUUCGAAUGUGGUUGUCAGAGAAUGGACAAGUGGCUGAUGGGCCCAUAGGAUCCAGUAUGCUCAACCGUACUGGGACAGUUGUUUUUCGUGCCGGCAUGGCAGAGCAAGCAGGUGCUGGUGCUCGCAAAACAGCCGCCCCCCCUGUAGUGCCGUUCAACUUAGCCCCAGAUGAGCAUUUCGCUGCAUCGCUAAGGGUCCAAGCCGACGGAGGACCGCUCGAUUUCCCAGCGCCAGUGGACUUGGACAUCGCCUUUGCUGCACAAGGCAUGGUGCAGGAGUUCAGCAGCUUGACAGCUGCCAGGCAGUUUGCUGUCGAACAGCUCCGGGCCCUCAGUUAUAGGUUGCAAGAAAUUUCUGAGUACAUCCGUAGCAUGCAAGUGCCAGUGUUGCGAGACGUGAAUCCUAGCGUUCAUUUCAGCCUUGUAGCCUUGCUUAUUGCUAUAAUCCAUUGGCCUGAUACUGGGUUUUGCCAAGCUCUUUUCAAUGGCUUCCCAGCCGUCGGGUUUUGUCCGCCUUGUGGUAUCUGGGACACCCAACCUGCUCAAUUUGUUUCCUUGGAGGAUGCACUUGCAGGAGGACCGCGGGACGCCCAGGAUUUGCUGAAGCAAUUGCGGGUCUCCGAGCUGGAGACAAUUGAAGAAGCAGGUCGGAAAGACCAAGCCAAUGGAUGGUGCUCCGAGGAAUUCGGAUGGGAUGAACUGCAGUACUAUUCCAUGCUGUUUGGCCUCCCAUUGGCCGAGAAGAUUCUGGACAUCAUGCUACCGCGCGGAGAGACGGGGCAUUUCGUGCUGGCACUGCAGCGAGCUUCGGAUGCUGCGCAAGAAGAGGGUUUUGGUUCAGGAGGAUUCCUGUUGAGUGACAAACACUGGGUUCGCCGUGGAGCCGAAGUGGUGAUCACUGAGGCCGAUGGGGAGGCGCAGCUUCUGAAGCUCGUAGAGGUGCUGCUAGCAGAGUACCACAAGGGCCCAGAAGCUGGCGCCUCCAAACGUCUCAGCGCCAAGUUUGCGGAACUCGCGCGGGAGCGGGGAAGCAGCGGGGCCAGCGGGGGCGGGGGCAGUUGA